GUUUCGAUAACUGUGGAAUGAACAUAGCUGUGUUGCGGGGGUUUCAACCUGCAGUAUAACUUUAGUGGUAUAAAUAAAAUGUUAGCCUCUUCUGCAAAAGCUUUGUACCGUUGGUAUGUUUCCGAAUUUAGAGUGACCGCCGCACUUGUACCGCUUUUACACACGACUUAAAGAAGUAAACAAUAAAUAUUUGUUUUUAAAAUAUCAAAAAGCGAAGAUGCGAAUAUUAAGUUGCCGCAUUUGCUCUGGAAUUGACGCUCCAGUUAACCUUUUUGACCCAGAAAAUCGACAUCUGAUUCGUCAAAUUCUUUCCAUUACCGGAGUCGAGCUAAGUAGCAAGAAAGAAAUUUCAAACCAAAUGUGUAAGGUUUGCUUAGGCGAUUUAGAGGUAGCCAUUAAAUUCCGCCAGCGCUGCAUCAUUUCUGAGAAACAAAAUCUGGAGAGGAUUGAGUCCCCCAACAAGGAUUGCAUAAAAGUACCAGUUGGGCAUGACGAUAUUGAUGAUGGACAAAUUGAGCUUGAAUUAGAGGAGUCUUUUUUGACACCUGACGUCAACGGUCUUCCAAGGACUCCCGAAGAGGUCCCCACACCCACAAGUUCAAAGAGUCCAAAACCAAUUGGAAAUAUUGGCCCAUUUGUCUGCAAAGAGUGUGGAAAGUCCAUUAACAUCAAGACAAACUUUCGGGAGCACAUGAUCCGGCACGCGGGCAUCAAGAAUUUUCACUGCGGUUUUGGGGAAUGCGGAAAAAGUUUUGUGACACAAAAGGAACUAACGCGCCAUAACCGUUGCCACACUGGCGAGAAGCCUUACGGUUGUAUCUACUGCCCACUUGCAAUGUUUGUAAGAAACAUUUUCAGCGGAUCUCGCAUUUGAAAAUUCACUUGUCUACCAGUAUUCAUAAAAAGAACGCAGAGCGGGAAACGACAGCUCAGGUAGCUUUUCAGCCAAUAAUAAUAUAAUAUAAGUUCUAAAACAUAACAUUACAUUGAUAUUAACCAACAAGUGUAUACUUAAUCCAAUUCCAUUUAUAAGCUAUUUGUAUAUCGCAUCUAUUGAUGUUAGAAACAGUCAACUUCUAGCUUCUAAAACAAAAUGAGCAAUCAAACCAAAUGAACUAAAUCCAUCCAGCCUUCCACCAAUAGCCAGAAGCGAGUCAUUUGUUGAGAAAGCAAAGAACGUCAACUUUGAUAACAUAUCAAAUGCAGAGUCAUUCCUAUGUUCAAAACAUUUAUUGAUAUUGAAAAUAAUUAAUUUUGUAUCAAUUUCUAGCUUCCAAAAGAAAACGAGCAACGAAACCAAAAAGAACUGAAGACAUCCAGCCUUAUACAAAUUGUCACAAUUGAGUAUAAAUAGAACAAAACUAACAUAAAAAAUACAGGGUACUUAAAUACUUAA